AUGGUGGAUGCCUCUGUUCCAUUUAAUGCGGUUAAUUCAGCUUACUAUCAGCCAAUGAUUGAUGCUAUUGCAAGCAUGGGUGCAGGGUAUAAAGGGCCAAAUUAUCCAAGAGUCCGUGGGUAUUUGUUGAGUAAAUUAGUUGAGGAUGUGAGGAAAAUGAUUGAUGGUUAUCGUGAGAUUUGGAAGCAAACUGGAUGCACUAUUAUGGCCGAUGGAUGGACUGAUCGUUGUAGGCGUACUUUGAUUAAUUUUUUAGUUUAUUGUCCUAAAGGAACUGUUUUUCUAAAGUCGGUUGAUGCUUCUAAUAUCUCAAAAACUGCUGAAAAUUUGUUUAAGUUGUUUAGGGAUGUUGUAUUGUUUGUUGGUCCUGAGAAUGUUGUGCAUAUUGUAACGGACAAUGCUGCAAACUAUGUUGCUGCGGAAAGAUUGUUGGAGGCUGAGUUUCCUAAAUUGUAUUGGUCCCCUUGUGCAGCUCAUUGUGUUAAUCUGAUGUUUCAAGAUAUUGGGAAGUUGCAAGAAGUGAGUCAAACUGUGUCACAAGCUUUACUGAUCACUAAGUAUAUCUAUAAUCAUUGCUAUCCACUGUUCUUGAUGAGAAAGUUUACAGGUGGGCAGGAAAUACUUCGUCCAGCUCCAACUCGGUUUGCUACUAAUUUCAUUGCUUUGCAAAAUAUGUUAGCUCAAAAGGAUCCUUUGAGAGCUAUGGUGACUUCUAAAGAAUUUACAAGCUCAGCUUACUCCAAAGAAGCCAAAGCUAAGAAAUUUUUGGAUCAAGUCUUGGAUUCUAAAUUUUGGAGUCAAUGCACUGAUAUUGUUAAGCUUACCUCGCCACUUGUUCAUGUUUUACGUAUUGUGGAUAGUGAAGACAGACCUGCCAUGGGUUAUCUUUAUCAAGCUAUUUAUAAGGCUAGAGAAGAAAUGGUGAGGAGGUUUCAGAAAAGAAAGAAGGUUGUUGAUCCUUAUUUGAAGAUUUUGGAUACCCGUUGGGAUGCACAACUUAAGAAAAAUCUUCAUGCCGCUGGUUAUUGGUUAAAUCCAGCUUUUCGAUUUAAUGCUGGAGAAUUUGAAAAGCACAAAGAAACGAUUUCUGGCUUGUUGGAUGUCAUUGAGAAAUAUGCUUAUGAUGAUCAUGUAUUGAAUUCUAAGCUGACAAGUGAGAAGAGGAUCUUUAAGAAUGCUGAGAAAGAUUUUGGAAGACCCUCUGCAAUACAUGAACGAACCACUGUUAUGCCAGGUGAAAUUUCUUCAUAA